AUGGGCUUCAUGUUGAAGAAGCCGGAUGAUGCUACGGGCUCUGCUGCCCCGGCCAUCCUUAUUGGACUGUUUGUUGCCUUUGGUGGUGUGCUGUUUGGUUAUGAUACCGGCACCAUCAGCGGCAUUCUUGCCAUGCCGUACUGGCGCAAGCUGUUCUCCACGGGCUAUAUUAACCCGUCAGACAACUACCCCGACGUGACCUCCUCGCAGUCCUCCAUGAUCGUGUCUCUCCUGUCUGCAGGGACUUUCUUCGGUGCGCUGGGUGCGGCACCCAUUGCGGAUUACUUCGGUCGUCGGCUUGCGAUGAUCAUCAACACCUUUGUCUUCUGCUUUGGUGUCAUCCUCCAGACCGCUGCCACUGCCAUCCCAUUAUUCGUUGCAGGAAGAUUCUUUGCGGGCCUAGGUGUUGGAUUGCUGUCUGCCACCAUUCCUCUGUACCAGUCCGAGACCGCCCCUAAGUGGAUCCGUGGUACCAUUGUUGGUGCCUACCAGCUGGCCAUCACCAUUGGAUUGCUGCUCGCUGCCAUCGUGAACAAUUCCACCAAGGGCCGUAACGAUACUGGUAGCUACCGUAUCCCUGUCGCUGUGCAGUUUGCCUGGGCUAUCAUCCUGGUUGUUGGCAUGCUCUUACUCCCGGAGACGCCUCGUUUCUUGAUCAAAAAGGACAAGCACGAAGCUGCUGCCAAGGCGCUCUCGCGCCUUCGCCGCAUCGAUGUCAACGAUCCCGCCAUUGUGGAGGAGCUGGCUGAGAUCCAAGCCAACCACGAAUAUGAACUCAGUGUGGGCAAUGCGAGCUACCUCUCUAUUUUUCGUGGAAGUAUCGGCAAGCGCCUGGCGACUGGCUGCGCUGUGCAGGGUCUGCAGCAGCUGGCUGGAGUCAACUUCAUCUUCUACUACGGAACGACCUUCUUCGAACACUCCGGUAUCAAGGACGGAUUCAUCAUCACUUUGAUCACCAACAUUGUUAACGUGGUCUCGACCUUCCCCGGUCUCUACAUGGUCGAGAAGUGGGGUCGUCGUCCGCUUCUCCUGUUCGGUGCUGUCGGCAUGUGUGUGUCCCAGUUCAUCGUGGCCAUUGUUGGCACCGUCACCACCUCCGACGUCGCAAACAAGGUGCUGAUCGCCUUUGUCUGUGUCUACAUCUUCUUCUUCGCUUGCUCCUGGGGUUGCACCGCGUGGGUGGUGACUGGUGAGCUAUUCCCUCUGAAGGCUCGUGCCAAGUGUCUCUCGAUCACAACCGCCACCAACUGGCUCCUCAACUGGGCCAUCGCAUACGCCACCCCUUACAUGGUCAACUCUGGCCCGGGCAACGCUAACCUGCAGUCCAAGGUGUUCUUCAUCUGGGGUGGAUUCUGCUUCAUUGCCGGUGUUUUCGUCUACACCUGCAUCUACGAGACCAAGGGUCUGAGUCUGGAGCAGGUCGAUGAGCUUUACGCCAAGAUUCCUGUGGCCUGGCGCUCCAAGGAAUUUGUCCCAUCGGUUAGCUACGCUGACGUCCGCGACGUGGCUGCCGGCAAACUGUCUGGCAACCUCGCUGAUCUGGAGGUCGACGCCCAGAUGAAGCGUGACCUGGAGCAUGUUGAGAAGGCCUAG